AUGGACGUUGAUGACGAAAACAGUAACGGGGGCGGCAAUUCUGAAUCGGCAAACCGACCUGCGAUAGAGGUUAACGACGACAUGGAGGAAUAUGCUGGCAAGUUGCAAUAUCUUCUAAAAUGGGAAGUGUGGGUAAACGAGGAAGACGUUUAUGCAAAAGAAUUAAUUGAGGAGUAUUGGAAAAAACACUCGAAGACAAAAACCACAACAAAAAUUGAAGAAUUACAAGAAAGAAUUCAUAAGUUAGAAGCCGAAAACCAAAAACUGCGGGAACAACUAGGAAAUCGACCCAAAGAAAAUCCCUCCACAUCGGAUACACCAUCAUCACCAGAAGCCAUAGAUGUUGAUGGAACUUCUAAUGCCACACCGACUACCGCUACUGCUACUAACGCUAAAGAUCAAAAAGACGGAUUAACCUUUGUUAUGUGGAAUAAGAGAAAAGAAAAUUCAUUUCUUGGCACGCCAGAAAACUCUAAACGAGAAGUUGAUAACACGGGGACUCCUCAGACAAAGAAAAGAAUAAUUGAUGUCGAUAAAAUAUUUAACCUAUUAAAAGAAAUUAAAGUUGUUGAAAAUACACAGAUUUACAAAUAUGAACCGACAGUAAAUGGAUUCGAUCAAGCGAUAGAAUCAUUAAAUUUAUUACUCGAACUGAAAAGAAAAGGAUUCAAUCAAGCAAAAGAUACAUUCAUCAAUCUAAUUAAAAUUUAUGAGACAUUAGAGGUAGCGAAGCAAUCAUUCUCGUUGAAUGUAUGUUAUUUUAUUGCAUCACUCCUCGGCGAGUUGAAGAAACCGGGUCGCAUUUUCAAUAACAAUGAAAAUGAUAGAAGUUUGAUGAGCGAACUACGGUCUUGGUUCAAGUUCGCAGAGAGAAUUUACAUGAUCACGCGAAUAGUCCCAUUAGAUGAGUUCGCGGCGAGCUUCGGUCGUAAUAGAAAAUUAAUUUCGAUCUCAAGUUUCGAAAAAAUGAAGGACGAACAAUUCAACGAGUUAUAUAACAAGUUAAAUCAUGAUCCAUACGACAUCGACGACAUGAUAUUUUAA